AACUCUUCUUCACGACUACCUCUUUUACACCAUAUCCAAAUUCUUACACCAAAUUCUCCAUGGAUGGCAUUCAAGAUCGCCAUGAACACACCAAAAAUCUCUCUGUAGCUGCCCCAAGAAACCCCUCCAAGGGCGGCUGGAAUUCUGCCAUUUUCAUCAUUGUUGUGGAAGUAGCAGAGAGAUUUGCUUUCUAUGGUUUGUCUGGAAAUCUCAUAACGUACCUCACAAAUGAUCUCCAUGAGUCCACAGCCACCGCAGCUAAGAACGUCAACACCUGGAUUGGCGUCUCCUCCAUCUUCCCUAUGCUCGGAGCUUUUCUUGCCGAUUCCUUUCUUGGCCGUUUCAAGACAAUUCUCUUAUCCACCAUCAUAUUUUUCGCCGGCUUGGUUUUGUUGACGUUAUCUGUCUCAACAAUCCCUAUGAGUCACCGUGAAGCUCUGUUCUUUUUCGCUCUUUAUAUACUAGCUAUUGGUGAAGGUGGGCACAAGCCAUGUGUGCAGACCUUCGCUGCGGAUCAGUUCAAUGAGGAGAACCCGGAGGAGAAGGCAGCCAAGAGCUCAUUUUUCAACUGGUGGUACUUAGGCAUAGUAAUCGGUGCUACCACAGCCGUCUUGUUGGUCAUUUACGUCCAGGAUAACGUUGGAUGGACAGAAGGGUUUGGGAUAUUAGCAGGAGCAGUAGCAGUAGCGUUGAUAAUAUUCUUGGUAGGAAUAAAGCGAUACAGGACACAAGCACCCGUUGGGAGCCCAUUUACGGCAGUGGCACAAGUGCUGAUAGCGGCAGCACGGAAGCGGCGCGUGAGUGAGUCGCGGCAGGGAUGGGGUAUUUGUUAUGAAGAUGAUGAGAAGGAUGUGGCUGACCAACUCGAGGGUCAACCGAGGGUUCGGACAUUGGCUCGCACUAACCAAUUCAGGUUCUUGGACAAAGCAAUGAUAAUUGACAAUAUUGAUGCUUCAAGCAAUCCAAGAAACCCAUGGCGGCUCUGCACUCUAAACCAAGUGGAAGAAGUGAAGUUAGUUCUCCGCUUGAUCCCCAUAUGGUUAAGCUGCUUAAUGUUCACAGCCAUAAUAGUUCAAACCCACACAUUUUUCACCAAGCAAGGCAGUACAAUGAUCAGAUCAAUAGGACCUAAUUUCCAGCUUCCUCCAGCAUCACUUCAAUCCAUCAUAGGCCUCACAAUCCUCAUCGCGGUCCCGAUUUACGACAGUUUUUUCGUCCCGAUGGCCAGAAAAAUAACACGACACCCUUCUGGUAUAACCAUGCUUCAAAGAAUAGGCUUUGGCUUGUUCCUAUCCAUUCUUGAAAUGGCAGUAUCAGCUCUAAUAGAGGCUAAAAGAAUAAGUAUUGCAAGAGACCAUGGGCUUAUGGACAACCCACAAGCAAUAGUACCAAUGAACGUUUGGUGGCUGCUCCCACAAUAUAUGAUCAGUGGAAUUGCUGAUGUGUUUGCAGUGAUUGGGUUGCAAGAACUGUUCUAUGAUCAAAUGCCAGAAGCUAUGAGAAGUAUGGGAGCAGCUGCAUAUUUAAGUAUACUUGGCAUUGGGAGCUUCAUAAACAGUGCUACUAUAUCUCUAGUGCAGGCUAUUACCUCCAGGUGUGGAGAUGUAUGGCUUGGAGAUAAUCUGAAUCGUGCACAUCUUGAUCACUUCUACUGGGUAUUAGCAGUGUUGAGUGCUUUAAAUUUGUGUGCUUUUAUAUGGGUUGCUAAUCGUUUUGUGUACAAGAAAGUUGAAGGUGAGGAAACAGAGGAGGAGAAAGGAGUCGACUCUUGAAGAGCCUUUGAAUGUGGAGGAGGAUUGGCUCCCUUAUUGUCCAAUGAAUUGAUGAGAAUCAACUAUAUGAAGCUAGUUUGACAA